AACCUACCACUAGUCUAUAGUUACCGGCUUUCUUUUGGUUCGCUCAGCUUUUCCUUCCUCAUCAGUGAAUGCAUUGAAUGCAUCUGGGAAAUCAGCCAGUGGUAAAACCGUGGAAAGUGCCAUACCAACGCUUUGUACUGGGGACUGAGACCACCAAAGACUACACCAAUAGACUGCCAACCACCCAGAAACAAUCAUAAUGACCACUUUAUCACAGACAAAGGAAAUCUUCCGUAGAGCUGACGCCGUGUGCUUUGAUGUGGACAGCACUGUAAUCAGAGAAGAAGGCAUUGAUGAGCUUGCCAAAUUCUGCGGGGUUGGAGAUGCUGUCACAGAAAUGACUCGUAAGGCCAUGGGCGGGUCAGUUAGUUUUAAAACUGCUCUGACUGAACGCCUGUCCAUCAUCCGAUGUUCUAGGGAACAAGUGAACAAACUGAUAACUGACCACCCUCCACAGCUGACGGCAGGUAUUAAGGAGCUUGUUGAUACUCUUCACCAACACAACGUGAAGGUGUUUCUGAUCUCUGGCGGUUUCCGUUGUAUCGUGGAGCACGUUGCUACUCAGCUCAACAUUCCCCUCCAUCACGUGUAUGCCAACCGCCUCAAGUUUUACUUCAAUGGUGAGUACGCUGGCUUUGAUGAGACCCAGCCAACAGCAGAGAGUAAUGGCAAGGGAAAGGUCAUCAGCAUGCUCAAGGAGAAGCACGGCUUCAAGAAUGUAGUGAUGAUAGGAGAUGGAGCUACAGACCUGGAGGCCUGCCCCCCUGCAAAUGCAUUCAUUGGAUUUGGUGGAAACGUCAUCCGGCAGCAAGUAAAAGAAAGAAGUGUGUGGUAUGUCACAAGUUUCGGAGAGCUGCUAAAAGAACUGGAGAAGAUUUAACAAAGAAAUACAGUAGAAACCUGAACCCACUUACAACUAUUCAUACUAAUAUCAUUGGUUUAUUUUAAAUUGUAUUUCAUUUGUGAGUUUAAUGGUUUCAUCCAUUGCACAAUUUCCUGUCAAUAGAUUUUUUAAAUUAAUAAAUAUUUACACUACAAUAGUGUCUUCUAGGGUUUAUGACCCUUGUUGAUUUGUAUACUAAAGAACACUAAACAAUUUCAAGCUAUCCUUUUUGAAAGGACUUGUACAGGGUUUGAGUCAAUUUAAUAUCAGUUCAGUAUUUUCUUUUAAUUUCAAAAGUUGAUGGAUUUUAUUGGAAUUGACUCAGAUCCUGGAUGUGUUUGUAAAGCACUUUGUUGUUUUGUAUUCACUUUAAAAGCUUUAGUGCAAAGGUUAUUAAAACUACUGCAUUUUACAAUG